AUGUUCCACACCGGCCACGGUAGUGAUGUGCUGCACGCGCAGUUCAUGCCCUUAUCGCACGACCGGAGCAUCGUCACCUGCGGCGCUGAUGCGGAGGUAAGGCAUUCGCACGUGCAACAAGGGGGGUCGGUGUUGACGGAUAAGCUUGCGAACCUGGGGUGCAUGGUGCACCAGCUUGCUGUUGAACCUGGCAGUCCUCACAAGUUCUUUAGCUGCGUGGUUGAUGGCUCCGUUUGGCAUUUUGACCUCAGGGAGAAACAUCCCAGGAAGCUCUUUAGUUGUGGUGCGGUUAGAAGGUUUGAUUACUUAUCAGGCGAUACCAUGUACCUCUGUGCCAUUGCCGUAGACCCAAGAAACCACUCUUGUUUUGCAGUUGCCGGAGGUGAUGAGUACGUACGGUUGUAUGAUGCCCGUAAGAUUGAAAUGGAAAGGUCUAAAUUUGGCCUCCCGGUUGAGCAAUUCUGCCCUCAACAUUUGGUUUCCGAGAAGGGAGAUGUGAUCACUGGUUUGGCUUACUCACAGACCGGCGAGCUUUUAGCAUCCUAUCGUAACGACAGCAUCUACCUUUUCGAGAGAGAACAUGGGUUGUACUUCAACGAUUUUGACGAAUUUCACAGUGAGAAGUUACCUGUACCUCGGAGCUUCAAGGGACACCUGAACAUGCAAGUUCUUAGAGGUGUUAGCUUCCUUGGUCCCAACUGUGAGUAUGUUGCCUCUGGAUCAGACUGUGGCCAUGUAUUUAUUUGGAGAAAGAAGGAUGGGGAGCUUAUCCGAAUGUUGAAAGGAGAUACACGGAGUGUGAACUGCGUUGAACAACACCCUCAUGAGAUUGUUAUUGCAAGUUGUGGCACCAAUACAGACAUCAAGAUUUGGGCACCUGGUGAUAGUGAGAACCCCUCCACUGCUCCCCUUGAUGAGGACUUUGUUGACGAAGGUGACUAUAUGUUAUCCGCGCGUUAUGAUUCAUCGUCGUCUGAUGAGGAUGAGGAUGAGGAUGAGGAUGAGGAUGAGGAUGAUGAUGAAGAGGAUGACGACUAUGGCGAUGAUGAUGAAGAUGAGGAUGAUGGCGAAAUUUGGACAGAUAUAGAGAUGCAGAUGGGGAGAAACUUACUGAAGCCGAUAGCGGAUAUAUGA